CUAUGACGUCUUUGUAACUAAACUUUGUAGCCUAACUAACUAUCAUUUUGUUACUUUUCCAUGUUGUGUGGAAGACCUCUUUCAUUUUAGAACGUCAUUUUAGCCACGCCUUCUACGAUGGCGCUUCCUGACUGGACGUUCUAUUUCCUUGGUGUUGUGUGUUGUUUGGGCCUGUGUAUCUUCCACCGCCGAAGACCACUUGGCAGGAAAUGUACAUGGAACAGUGGGCUCUUUGUGAGAAUCAUGGCACGCACAGAGAAACCUCUCUUUUGGUUAGCAUAUUCUCUGUACACAAAAACAAAACUAGGGUACAUGUUUUACAAACGUCAGAUGAGAAAAGCUCGUGAGCAAUAUCCCGGCGGACAUUCAAGAACACAACCAACUAUAAUGAACGGUGUCAAGAUAAUACCCAUUCCAGUGCUGCAUGACAACUAUAGCUACUUAAUAAUAGACACAUCCUCUAAGCUUGCUGUCGUGGUGGAUCCUGCAGACCCACAAGCUGUGCAGGCCUGCGUGGAGGAGGAGGGAGUAACCUUGGAGGGCAUUCUUUGCACACACAAACACUGGGACCACAGCGGAGGAAACAGAGUACUUAAAAGACUCCACCCAGGCUGCCGAGUCUAUGGAAACGCCAUUGAUAACAUCCCAGGACUAACACACCCUCUCUCUGACAAGGACACCGUAGAGGUGGGGCCGCAGCUGAGGUUCCGGGCGUUCUACACACCGGGCCACACGGUGGGUCACAUGAUCUACCUGCUGGAGGGACAGCUCUUCAACAGCCCCAGUAGCCUCUUCUCAGGGGACCUGGUCUUCCUCUCGGGCUGCGGAAGAAUGUUCGAAGGAAACGCCUUGACGAUGCUGUCUUCUCUGGACACGGUCAGCUCGCUGAACGAUGAGACUCUGCUUUGGCCAGGUCACGAGUAUGCGGAUGACAAUCUCCUGUUUUCCCGCGAGGUGGAGCCCCUCAACACUACUAGGGACCAGAAACUGAUGUGGGUGGAUCAGCAGAGGAGCCAGAGGUUGUGUACGAGUCCCUCCACACUGGGGGAAGAGAAGGAGUACAACCCGUUCCUGCGCAGCCAUGCCGUAGAACUGCAGCAGGCUCUGGGACUCCAGCAGGACCCGGACGAGGACUGGACAGCCUACAGGGCCCGCAUUCUGGAGGAGCUACGGAGACGCAAGGACAUCUACAAAGGCCGAUAGCCGGAGAUGUAUUAAGUAGACGUAGAAUACUGUUACAGAUUAUACCACACUGGUAGUUUGGUAUUACAUGGUUGCAGCACACACUAUUAGCUUUGUAUGAUUGCAGCUAUGUAGUAUCAUACCAGGGGUGCAAUUCUGGAAAGCGUAGUUGCUAUGUUAGCUACUUUGUUGGUUGCAAUGCAAUUUCCCAUUGGCAACUACUGAAGUUGCUAACUGCUAACAACUACGCUGUCCAGAAAUGCACCCCAGUGUUGUAACUGCAUCAGUACUGGCGUUCAUCCACCACAAAAGCCAUUCCCAAUUGCUGUAGCAGAAGUUGAAGCUACUGCGGAGCCGUUAUUUCUUUUCUUUAAAACAAGUUUGUUUUGCACUGAUUAAAAAAAAAAAUGUGUACAGGUUCACGGGUCCUGGAUUACCUCACCCUGCUGGUGUGAAGCAUUUCAUUACAUUUUGAACUUUAAACUCCUUACCUCACAUUUGCAACAAAACUGUUAAAAUCAACACUUGGUUUUAUUUUUAUUUUUUUUAUUAUUAUUAUGGACUAAUAAAGGUACCAGAGGCACUUA